GAGCAACAGAGAUAAUCCAGAGUCCGAGUUGGGUUGGGUCUCCAGCAGGCAGCUUUCUUCCACCUUGUCUUUCUUAAGUAUUUUCUUAGAUUUCUGACCAAAAGAACACAGAGAAAAAUGGGGGUGGAAGCUCUGCUGCUUCUCAGCCUCCUCUUCACCUUGCUCUUGUUCUCUGUCAAAAUGUACAAGAAGAAAGCCCAACUACCUCCAGGGCCCACUCCUUGGUUUCUUCUGGGCAAUCUUCUGCAGAAAGACGUCUUGCCUCUGAGCAGAAACUAUGCAAAGGUAAGUCCACCUCUCGGAGACCACUUUCACUUUUCAUUCGUGCCGUAAAGCAGAUUUGGCUAGAAUAAAAGGACAGAGAGACAGGAAGGCACAAAGUUAAUUUCUCCCUUCUUUAGUCUGGGUAUGCCUGAUUCUAUCUGCUGCUUUGAGGAGCCCAAAUAUUCCUGCAUCAUAAGUGAACAGAUGGGAAGUAAUAAAAGGAAUGUUUCCCAUUCUCUUUGUCUCUUCCUGGAAGUGCUGCCUUGCUGAGAGACUGCAGAGAGCACCAUCUUUAAGAACAUACAAAGAAUCCUGAGGGACUAGAUGAAAGACCUAUCCAUUCUCCAAGGUGUACAUUCUCCUGCAAUUCUGCUCUGCACCCACCCCCUGCCUUAGCAGUCAGUGUUUAUUAUUAUUGCUGCUAUAGAUUUUCAUGGAUAACAAAGGGACAUAUUACGCAGUGGUGUAGCUAUGGGGGGGGCCUAGCCGGGUCCCCCCCCAAGUGAUGCUUCCAGGGGGCACCAUUGAGGCUCCCAACCUGUAGGUAUGUGUACAUAAAUGGGGGCAGGGAUAUGCCAAACUGGGUCUUUGACUAAGGUGAAAGAAAGCCUAGUUUCGCCCCUGCAUAAUGUCUCUGUUUUCAGUUAGUAGAGCUCUAUCUACAGGUCAGUAAUGCUUGGUUGAGACAUUACUAUCAUAGGCAUUGUGAGGUUGGGGGAGGAGGGAGGAAGAGGUGGGGAGAGAGAGGUGGGACUAAUGAUCUUUCGAAGGGUAGUAAUGAUAUUUGCAUCUUUUGCAUAGUGUAUGUGUGGGGUUUUGUGUUAGCAUCACGUGGAUGGUUCUUGCAUCUACAGUGGUACCUUGGGUUACAUACGCUUCAGGUUCCAUACACUUCAGGUUACAGACUCCACUAACCCAGAAAUAAUACCUCGGGUUAAGAACUUUGCUUCAGGAUCAGAACAGAAAUUACUUGGCCGCGGCAGCGGCGGGAGGCCCCAUUAGCUAAAGUGGUGGUUCAGGUUAAGAACAGUUUCAGGUUAAGAAUGGACCUCCAGAACAAAUUAAGUACGUAACCAGAAGUACUACUGUAUUCAUUUAUUUCUUUUUUGUUGGCAGCGAAAGAGACUGGUUGGUUGCAUUUGGUUGAUUACAGUGAGUUUUGUUUGUGUGAGAGAGAGAGAGCGUGAGGGGUUGUUGGGUCAAAUUAGCCAUAUUGAUUCGUAUGCUGUUGGGGGGAGGGUGUUAUGUUGCUGUCUUGUUAGCAAUUAAUGUUCAAAGGCAUACUAUGUGUCAUCUGCAGGUAAUGUAUCGCCAUCUUGCCUAGCAGCCAUUGAUAGCCUUAUUUGUCUAAUCCACUUUAAAAUCUGUCCAAGUUGAUGACCAUCCAGACAUCUUCUGGUAGUGCUGCCUCUGAGAAGGAGCUCUUUGUGCUUAUCCUGAUUGUCCCACCAUUCCGCUUCACUGGACCAGGAAAGCAAACUAGUGUUCUUACCCCACACCAUGAUAAAUUGGAUUCACCUCUGUUAUGUCUCCUCUUAGUACAUUGUUCCCUAAACACAAAAAGCUCCAAAUGUUUUAAUUUUUCUUCCUAGAGGCACAGCCUCUUGAUAAUUUUAAUUGUCGUUGCCAACUUUCCAGUUCUACAAUAACCUGCCAGUUUCAAUGCCACCCCUAUUUGCUUCCAUUCUGUAGACUUCCUUCGUAAGGUGUUUUGCUGCCUGAAGCAAAAGGCAAAAAGUUGCCUCCUCCCCGUCCUGUUCCAUGUACAAAAGUCCAGCAGACCAUUGACUCUUAUCUCAACAUUCUCCAUAGCACCUUCAGGGCAGUGACCUAUGUUAGUGCAUGUACACUCUCCGCUCUCUCCACUCACUGCUCCAUAAUAUUUGCUGCCUGAGACCGCUGCCUCUCUCUGCCUCAUGAUAGGGCCAAACCUGCUCCUAGAAAAAAGUAAGCUCAGGUAUAUGUAUCUGCCCUACACCUUAACAAUGAAUACAUCUGCAAAGAAUUCAUUCAGGUUCUCUGGAGUUCAUUUCUCCUUUCUUAGCACAUGUGGCAUAAUAGUUAGAGUGUUGGACUAUGACCUGGGAAACCAGGGUUUGAAUUUCCACUCAGCCAUGAAGCUCACUGGGUGACCAUGGGCCAGUCACCAUCUCUUAGCCUAAACUACCUCACAGGGUUGUUGUGAGAAUGAAAUGGGAAGGAGAAGAACCAUGUACAUCACUUUGAGCUCCUUGGAAGAUAGGGGUGGUAUAUAAAUGUAAACGUUUAUAUAAAUAUAAACGUUUCUGCAGUAGCAGAGUUCACACUGUCUUAUUCUCUUGACUGGUUUAGCCCUCCUGAUCAAGGCUGUGCAUUUGCCUUGGCUGAGACACAUGACCAGUGUCAAUAGCCUCCUAUGAUGCCCUUGAAAAAGUUUCAGUGUAUAUCCCCAUAAACAUCCAUAAUGAUUAACAGACUGUUUGCUCUUCCUGCUCAGUUCCUGUUGGAUCAGUGCCCCCUAUAUUAAACUUUAAACAUGAAGAUAUUUCCUUGGGUCCCAGGACUGGAUAGUCACCCAGCCACCCUUCUGCUGUGAACAGAAGCUUCUCUUUGUGAGUGAGUUAAGAAGUGGCUGGUGUAGGUGCCUUUCCCCAGACCCAUUUCUCCAAAAGAAUUCAGUUGAUAUUUCUUUUCUAUAAGUUACUUAAUUUUCCCUAGGUUCGCUUUAAAUUCAUUUACUUUUUUCUUACCAGAUCAUUUCAUUCACUCAUAUUUCAUUUUGCAAUUAAUCCAUCUAGCUUUAUAUACAAAUCCUUAUUAAUCAGCACUUGUCUGCUGAUUCUUCCCUUGAUUUGUGCUUAAUAAAGGCCAAUUACCUUCAGUUAUCUUGGUUGAAUUGAAAUAAUGUCAGUAGGUGAGAAGGGGGAAAUUGCAUAGCUAGGUCAAAUAAAAAUAGGCUUUUCUGCUUCGAGAAAGAAAAGUGCGGGACCUCCCAGCUAGAGCAACACUUUUGGAUUCUGAUUAGUUGAGUGGUGCAGAGAGCUGAUUGACAGAAAAGUAUCCAGUACUCAUGGAAAUGGGAGAGUGUGUGGAACAAAAAAGACUAUAGCUUUGAGAUUGGGGGGAUUUAAAAAUAAAUUGCUGGGUUUUCACUUGGUAGGGCUAAACCCUGGUUGCCAUAAUGGGCCAGCCACCACUGAUAUAUCCAGAACAGGUGUUGCCUAAUAAUCCAUGCAUUUUUAAAAUUCUACCAUCAGCUCUAUGAUAAAUGGGGUCCUAUCUUUACUGUCUGGCUGGGUCCCAAGCCCAUGGUGGUACUCUGUGGAUACGAAGUGGUGAAAGAUGCUCUGUUGGAUCAUGCUGAAGAAUUUGGUGGGCGUCCUGCCUUGCCUUUCAGUGAUACAGUGAGCCAUUUUAAAGGUAGGUAGGAGUCCUGUGCUUAUUUUUUUAUUGCUUCCAUUUUAAUGGGAGAAGCAGUCUUCAUUUUCAGGGGUCUACAAGUAGGAAUAAGCAGACAUCGAGCCCUCCCUUUUUCAACCUCAGGUGGAGCUAGAUGUUACCGCAAACAGGAGUUUCCCACUCAAAUAAGAGCCCUGAACUGAAUUCUUCCUUUACUAUGAGGGAUAUAAAGGUAAAGGUAAAGGGACCCCUGACCAUUAGGUCCAGUCGUGACCGACUCUGGGGUUGUGGCGCUCAUCUCGCUUUAUUGGCCGAGGGAGCUGGCGUACAGCUUCCGGGUCAUGUGGCCAGCAUGACUAAGCUGCUUCUGGCGAACCAGAGCAGUGCACGAAAAUGCAGUUUACCUUCCCGCCGGAGCGGUACCUAUUUAUCUACUUGCACUUUGGCGUGCUUUCGAACUGCUAGGUUGGCAGGAGCAGGGCCCGAGCAAUGGGAGCUCACCCCAUCACGGGGAUUUGAACCGUCGACCUUCCGAUCGGCAAGCCCUAGGCUCUGUGGUUUAACCCACAGUGCCACCCGCGUCCCGUGAGGGAUAUAGUCAGUCUCAAAUAACCAACAUGCUUAAUUCUAAACACAUGAAGGUGUUAAGAUCAUAAAGUCAGCUGUCAUGCCAAGCUUAGCUGGCUCAGCUUGGAAGGAAGGGCUACCAAACUCUUUGUUCUGCCCCUUCCCUUACCACUUAUAAGCAUAUAGCUGGGAAAAUUUGGAAAGAAGUUAGAAGGGCAUCUUUUAAAGGUCCAAAAGCCUAUUCCCAUGCUUUACUUUGCUGCAUGUUUUGUGAUGUUAAAUCUCUGCUGGGGCUCUCUUACCAAAGAGUACUUGCCCCAAACCUGGAUCUAGGCAUCUAGGAAAUUUUAUUCUUUUACCAAAUCCAACAUUUUGCCCAUAACAGAUAUUUUAAUGAAAGCCGUGAUAUGACAUGACCCAUAGAAGAGUUUGCCUGUCCUCUCUCCUCCAGUGCCAUUUAAUAAUGUGGAGAAACGACACAACGUGUUUACGCUAUAGUUCAGCACUGUUAUUAUGUGAUACAAAAGUUACAUACAAACCACCCAUGGCUUGAUUCAACUACAAAUGGGAAUAUAGUCUGAAUGGACAAAGUGCCACAAUGUAGAAACUUCCUGCUGAGAAAACUUCCUUCUAAGGGAAGGAUCUUCACCUGUUUGCUUUCAGGACUGUCCAGCAGAUCUGUGAAAAGAUGGAAAGAGCUGCGCCGGUUCACACUCAGCACCCUGCGGGAUUUUGGAAUGGGGAAGAAAGCGAUGUCCACGAGGGUGCAGGAAGAAGUUCUCUGUCUGGUGGAGGCAAUGGCAACCACAAAAGGUCUUCCCAAGUUAUCCUUAUUACAAACACAAUUUUGAAGUGCUUCAGGGCAGGAACAGUCCCAGAAAGUGGGAUUUCUGUUAGUUAUGUCACAGGUGUUCAUGAAUUUAUUCCUAUUAAAGAACUUGGCUGAGUUGUAAGGUACACCUUGAAUGCACCAAGCUCUGUUUGUGCAGGGAAUUCUUGACCACAGAUAUGGGGUAGCACAUCUUCCUCCUUUGGGGAGUCCAUAAUGUUAUCCUCAACAGUUAAGCUGCACUUACAUCUUGCUAAAUAAAGGGAAUACAGGAGCUGCUGAUACUAUCAUUUCCAUGUAAAAGGAACUUAAUUAUCUUUUAAUAUAAGAGAAAUACAAAAUGUACCAUGUGUCUGGUUCAAUUGUGCAAGGAGUUCUGGUUUACGUUAUUCUGUCGUGCAGGCAGAGGGAGAGAAUAUCCACCUUGCCAAACUCUAUUGACUGUGUCCUUUUGCUCCUGCAGGGCAGGCCUUUGAUAUAAGAAAACACUUGAGAACUGCUGUUUCUAAUGUGCUCUGUUCUGUUGUCUUUGGGAAUCGCUUUGAGUACAAAGAUCAGGUCUUCCUGGAGAAGCUGCAUAUCAUGGAGGCUUUUGUGGGUUACCUUGUGAGUUAUAUGGGACAGGUAUGUUGUUCCUUCUUACAAGUAUAUCCCAUGGACCCAGACCCUUGGUUCAUCUUAAUGGACAUGGGCCUGGUAUAAACCAGGUGCACCCUGGGGUAUAUUCCCCUUUACCUUUUCCACUUUCUCUGAUCCUUGUCUCCAUUAAAUUCCACAUGAAACAAAUCACAUGCAUCUUGGCUUUAAUUGCAGAGCAUCAGCAAAUUAAUCACUCAAAAUACAGACCUAGAGAAAUUCUUCUGUAGGCAUGUUGGUGGAGCACUUCCCCGGGUUAGCGGUGAAUUUUCCCAGUUAUUCAUUAUCAAAGGAUUGCUUAUCUAAAGGGUUCUAGUUAUAGGUAGGUAGCUGUGUUGGUUUGCCGUAGUCAAAACAAAAUUUAAAAAUUCUUUCCAGUAGCACCUUAGAGACCAACUAAGUUUGUUAUUGGUAUGAGCUUUCGUGUGCAUGCACACUUCUUUAGAUACACUGAAACAGAAGUGCUACUGGAAGGUUUUUUAUAUAUCUAAAGGGUGUAAAGGCAGUCAGAGCUGAGCUGAAUAUCUGCUUGGGGCAGGGGAAAUGAGUUUGAAACUCGGACACUCCCCUUUCCCAGGGAGUAUAAGGAAAAUAUUUUUAUCUGGGCUUUUCUUCAGCUGGAACUCAGUGAAACUCAAUUCUGGCACCUCUCAGGUGCGUGCUAUUGGCAUUCUAAGAGAACAAGGAAGGUGUUCAUGGUGAGUUCCGGUGCCUCUUUUUCUAGAAAAAUGGCACUGAUUCUUAUAAUGGAUUGCCUUUCAAUUGAUAUCACUAAAAAGCUUCCCUCACAACUAUGAGGUUAUCCACACCUCAGAUUGCCCCACCACUUUCCCCCAGAAAAACCCAUUGUUUGGUACUGAAUUGGAACAAACAGCAAUCAGGUUUUCUGCAGACUGCUGUUUGUUCUGAUUAAGCACUAAAGAGUGGGUUUCCUGGGGGGAAGCAGCAGGGCAAAGGCAGAACCAGCCAGACCUGUGCCUAGAAAGAAUGGGCCAAGUGCAAAUCUGCUUGGAGCUGUGCUUUCUAGGCAUAAGAUAAGUAGAAGUGUGGGAGAGACUGGGCAAUUAACCCUUUGUUUCUCUCUGGUCUGUCUGAGAAGCUCAGCAUGUGAGGAUGUAUGGGUUGGUUGCUACAAGCUCAGACCGCAUGGCUCCUACAAGCUACUCUUGAGUUCCUUGUAUGCCAGUGAUUGAGCCUGGGCCCUACUGCGUGCAAACCUGGUGCUCUGCCACUGAACCUGUCUCCGUAGUGUUCUGGUUUCUAGUCUACUCAGAGUUAAUAUGUAUGGUACAUGUAUCAACUAAGCACAAAAACAUUCAACCAGGGGUGGUGCAUCCCAUUUCAUGACUUGAGACAAAACAAGGUGAAUUCUUAUCCAGCAGAGAAAGGAGUGGGGUGGGUAGGACAUAUAAGGAGGGUACCCUUCAAGUACCACCUGAGGUACCUGCUUCACUCCACUUCAUGGAUGGGCCAGACUUGCAUACAAGGUACAAUUAACCUAACAUUAUUUUAAAUGCGUCUUUGCUGUAGAAAGAUCUAGAACCUAUUUCUACAUUAUUUUGUUUCAGAGAAUAAGCAGGACAAAAAAUAAACAAUGCAUUUGCUUUUUAAAAAACAAUGUUUUAUUUUACAAUUCACAGUAGGAAGUCAAUUAGGGCUGUGAUCCUAACCCCACAUACCUCAGACUAAGCCUAGCUUAAUUCAGUAAGCCUCAUUUCUGGGCAGGCAUAGUUAGGAUUUCUGCCUCAGUGGAUAUGGGCAGGAUCUUGUGAUAAUAAAUAUGUAAAUAUAGUGGACUGUAAAUAAAGGAGACCGAGAAGAAGAAGAGGAGGAGGAGGAGAGAGGAUUUAUUUACAAUUGCUUGUUUGUUUAUUAAAUUUAAAUCCUGUCAUUCCUCUUGAAAGAGCCAUGGAUUGCAAACAUUUUGCAGUAGAUUUCUCCAACAUCCCUAAAUCCAUAGACUCAGCAGGCAGUUUUAAAAUGAUAAAUUCAAUAUACAGUUGUUAUGUAUUGUUUCUGUUCCAGGUUUAUAAUGUGUUCUCGAAAAUAAUGCCUUACCUGCCUGGACAGCACAAAAAGAUUUUAGGAAAUUUUGAAAAAAUGCAUGCUUUCAUCAAUGAGAGGGUGGAAUCCCACAAGGAGACCCUGGAUUAUCAGGACCCCCGUGACUAUAUUGACUGCUUCCUUAUGAAGUCAGAGAAGGUAGGAGGUUAUAUAAUUUCCCUUCUCCAUGCUUCUGAGAUGUCUCUUGUUUGUGGCUACAUUUGAAACUGUCUCAUAUGGCUGCUGCCCUCCCUCAUUCUGAUCCUGCAUUCUGGCUGUGGUGGUUGGCCAUUGUGAUGAUCUCCAGGCUAAUCUCAGGUGGGGGCAUCUUCCCUCAAGUUUAUUUAGACAUCAAACCAAGCACAGGAGAGCAGAUGAAAAAAUAAUGCCCAUCAUUAUAUCUAUACAUGGGAUUGUUUUCUUCAUGGUUCUAUUAUUUGGUUUUCAGUUAUCUUUUUAUUUUCAGCAUUAUAGAUAUGCUGCAAUAAGCCAUGCAGGUUUUGUGUUCCUUCUGAGUUACUGCAUGGAAAAGACUGAGAUGUCUCAGACCCUCCAGAGUUUGACAUUCUUAAUGUCAGGUGGUGCAUUCAGACACAACAAUUAUGAUUUACUUUUAUUAUUUGCCAAUCAGGUCAGCUUGCCUAAUGCUUCAGUUUCCCCGAUGGCCUCCUUCAGCAACACUUCUGGAUCAGCAAGUAGAUUGAGUGGAUUGGAUUGACCAUUAAAUGCCACAAGACCUUUGGCAUCAUUUGAAAAUCUGAUCUUACUUACAAAUGAAUAUACUCCCCCCCCCCAAAUAAACACUAUAUCAAAUAAUUAAUGAGUUUUUUGAUAGAGUAUAGUAGUUUUUUUGGGGGGGUAUAUUCAUUUGUAUGUAAUUGGAGGAUGCAACUCCAUGAAACAGCACCCCUUUUUGUAGAGAAAUGUCCCUGAAUAAAACUACUGUAUUUUUCGCCCCAUAGGACGCACCGCCCCAUAGGACGCACCUAGAUUUCUUUGGGGGGGGGAAUAAAGAAAAAAAAUUAUUUCCCCCCCAGGCACGGGGCUGGCGCGGGAGAAGCCUGAGCUUCCCCCGACCCCAGCCCCCAGAACAGGCUGCCGCCUGCAAGCCUUGCGUGCCCGGUGGGACCUCCCGCCGGGCGCGCGAGGCUUGCGGAUAGCUUCCUGAAGCCUGGAGAGCGAGAGGGGUCGGUGCGCACAGACGCCUCUCGCUCUCCAGGCUUCAGCGAAAGCCUGCAUUCGCCCCAUAGGAUGCACACACAUUUCCCCUUCAUUUUUGGAGGGGAAAAAGUGCGUCCUAUAGGGCGAAAAAUACGGUAUAUUCAAUUAAAAAACAACACUGUACUUACACUGUAAUAAACCAUGCAAGUAUUGUGCUCCAUCCAGUUACUGCAUUUAUUGAUAUGUCUCACUUCCUCCGUCACUCUUUCAAAUGGAUGUUUUAAAUUCUUCUCUUUUCCCUUUUCCUUUUUACAGGACCAAACCAAUCCUGAGGCCAUCUACACCAAAGAGGAGCUUAUUGUGAUUGUGCAGGAACUCUUCAUUGCUGGGUCAUUGUCCACAAGUGAAGUUUUGAGCUGUGCCCUUCUGGUGAUGGCUAGAUUGCCACACAUUCAAGGUACAUAAAUUGCCCCAAAGACUGAAAGGCUCUGCCUUUCCAAGGUGGAAAGGGUAAUAGUAAAGAGAAAGAAAAAACAAACAAACAUUAAAACUGCAUAGUCAGUACAACUUGCUCACAAAAUGUCUUCUCCUAGAUCCAUGGUAAAGCUUUCCACCAGGAUCCACCAUGCUCCCUCCACUUUUAUUUUUUAUGACUAUUUAUUUAUUUAGGAUAGGUUUUGAGGAUUGCUUUGGUUUUUUAUGUUUUAAAAAGUAAUACAUGUUGGCAGAUGGAGCACAUAAGGAUAAUAUUUCUGGAGGAGACCAAACAGCCCAUCUAUUCCCAUAUAGUGGUACCUCGGGUUAAGAACUUAAUUCAUUCUGGAGGUCCGUUCUUAACUUGAAACUGUUCUUAACCUGAGGUAUCACUUUAGCUAAUGGGGCGUCCCGCUGCUGCUGCAUGAUUUCUGUUCUCAUCCUGAGGUAAAGUUCUUAACCUGAGGAACCACUUCUGGGUUAGCAGAGACUGUAACCUGAAGCGUUUGUAAACCGAAGCGUUUGUAACCUGAGGUACCACUGUAUUCCGUGUCCAAAAGUGACCAGAGAGAUGCCUCUGGGAGGUUUUCAAGCUGAGCAUUAAUGGAAUUUUCUGAAAAACUUGAUAUGGAUUAUAUAUCUAUCUAUGGAUUUCUAAAAUUCCUGUCUAUCUCAUAGAUCUCAGUGAGAAGUGCUCCACUUUCGAGGCUAUAAACAUUGCAGACAACGCUAUCAUAUGCAUAUUAUAAGCAUAUGCACUCCAAUUUUCCGAAAGUAACCAGCACAUAAAUAAGGAUGCUACAUCAAUGAUAUAAUUUAUGUAAAAUUGAUAAAAUUAUCAUAAAUUAAUACGACAAUAGAGUACUGUCCUCCCAGAGUUCUGUCCUUCAUGUUCUGUCUUCCUGGAGACUGAUGUUUAUCUUUCCCAGAGGGAAAAGGGCAUCUUCUCAUUCACCUCAACUCCACAGCCCUUCUCUCCAGCAAAUUUGGCACUCAGGAACUAAAACUUACAUCCCUUUAUAAAACACAUACUUCAACAAAGAAGGACCUUACUAUGCAAUGAAUAACUGCUCCUAAAACUUUAAGGAAACUUCACUACUGAGCUAUUCUUAAGGGUUCACAGCCUUACACAAAGGAGAACAGGCUAUUUGCUCAUAAUGCUGGCUGCUCCCUGCCUCAGCUCUUGCUAAAAUGAUCUAAAGCAGUGGGUUACAUUAGCACCAGCCCCUUGGACAGAUGUAGCCACUGGAUACCAGAGGCGAUCCUAUCCGAGCCCAACUCCGUGUAUGAACCAGUUUUAAAUGGUUUCCUCCUCCAUCCCUCAAAGCAACAGUCCUCCUAGUCCCUGGUAUUCAGAUGUUGGACUCCCCAACAGAGGUUUUCAUUCUGAUUCUAAUGGCUCCAUGAAUUUGUCUUGUGGCAGCAAAUAAUGACUUUUAAAUAUGCAUCAUGCAAAGAAGAACUUUAUCUUUUCUGUCCUGAGCCUAAUGCCAGGCCCUUGCCUUUGUUGACCCUGAUUUGCUACCCCAGGACUCCUUUUUUGGGGGGGGAGGGGAAGAGUGGGAUAUAAGUUUAAUGGAUGAAUAAAAGGUAUUGUGUGAGGAGAUUGCAUAAAGUUUCCACACCAUUUAUUCAACAUGUUUUGCAGGAUUUCAUGAACAUCUCUAAGAUAAAAAGCCCACAUCCUUUAGUAACCUAAGGUGAUCCCCUUUAGCAAAGGGGACAAAAGCCGAAUUCCUUUCAUCUUUGCAUGCCAUCUUUAAAAAUGGGCUCCUGCCAGGAUGCAAAUUCAUGUAAGUCGGUGUUACUUUUCCUUCUGGUUGGAGAAUGUUGAAGGCUAUCACUAUGUCAGAGGAGAAGUAGUUUCAGAAUUCUGGAAGUAGAGCUGAAUUUUUUUUCUUACAGAAAAAGUUCAACAGGAGAUCGAUGAUGUGGUAGGUGCCAACCGUAUCCCUGGCAUGGAAGAUAGGGUGAGGAUGCCCUACACCAAUGCUGUUCUCCAUGAGGUUCAACGAUAUCAAAAAGGGAGCCUUGAGAGCAUCCCACGUGCAACAACACGUCCUACAAAAUUCCGGGGCUAUCUUAUCCCCCAGGUUUGUGUCACAUGUGAAAUGAUCAGGUUACUGUGGAGAGGAGGAGGGAGGGAUUUAUCAUCCCAUCAAUGACUUUGGUCUGCCACAGUCCCAGCCAGUGCAAAGACAAGAUAUGCUGAUUACAACCUCACCCCCCACAUUCAUGGUGAUUUUUCAGAAUGCUGUGCAAGGACUUGUUUCUCUAUAUGACAACCAACUUUAGGAAUCAGUCUCUCCCAUAAAAGGGCUGCUUCUUAUGUAUAUGACUCUGAAAAACAACAAGCAGCGUGUCGGCUAAUAAUAUACUGACAGUAUUUUUAUAACACUAUACUGUAUCAAAAUUAUGAACAGAAGGCAUAUAGUAUGUGCAUGGAGUCACGAACUACCGUAUUUUUUGCCCUAUAGGACACACUUUUCCCCCUCCAAAAAUGAAGGGGAAAUGUGUGUGCGUCCUAUGGGGCAAAUGCAGGCUUUCGCUGAAGCCUGGAGAGCGAGAGGGGUCGGUGCGCACCAACCCCUCUCGCUCUCCAGGCUUCAGGAAGCUAUCCACAAGCUUUGGGAGCCCACCGGAGUUCCUGCCGGGCUCCCAAGGCUUGCGGACAGCAGCCUACAGCCCGAAACCCAGGGAGCGCAGCGGAGCGCGCCCCGGGCUUCGGGCAGAUAUCCGCAAGCCUGGGGAGCCCAGCGGGAGUUCCCGCCGGGCUCCCAAGGCUUGCGGAUAGCAGCCUGUUCUGGGGGCUGGGGUCGGGGGAAGCUCGGGCUUCCCCCGCCCCAGCCCUGCACCUGGGGGGGGAAUAAUUUUUUUUCCUUUGUCCCCCCCUAAAAUUAGGUGCGCCCUAUGGGCCGGUGCGCCCUGUGGGGCGAAAAAUACGGUAAUUAGAAUCAGAUAAAUGUCCCAUAACCAGGAAUGGUAGGAUUGGUAAGACACUGUCAAAGAUCACUGAAAUGGAGGCAGAAUGUCUUAUGUUUAUGAAGCUGAAACAAAUAAUGAAAUCUCUAUCUUCUCCCCAAAGGGCACAGCAGUCUGUGCAGAGAUUUCAACUGUGCACUUUGAUCCUCUCCAGUGGGAGACUCCAGAAGAGUUUAACCCGGGUCAUUUCUUGGAUGAGAAGGGCCAGUUCCGGAACAGGGCUGCCUUCAUGCCUUUUUCUGCAGGUGACUCUAUAGACCUAGAUUCUUAUAUUGUGGGCUUGGGUCCAGCAGCUGGCAUGUGGAUGGGUGGGCAGCUGGACUCCAGGAAGUGAUAGUGCUGCCAGGAGAUAAGUAAGAGGUUUGGGGAUGGAUUGUCUACCCACAAGACAUUUCUCUCUGCCUCUGUCCUCCAUUUCCUGCAUCUUGAGCAGAAAAUUUGUAAACAUCAGCCUGAGGAAGGGACAGUUCAGUUCCCAACUUUUGGACCACUAGCUACAGGAACCACUUGGGCUCUGUGUUAAGAAAGAGAGUUGGCAUGAUGAAAUGAGAGGAAAGAGUAACUCACACUCACAUAAUCUUUUAUAUUUCUUUGCUCUGAAACUGCUUAUGUGUAGCUUUCAGCAAAGAUUUACACAUACACACAGACGGAAGCCACAUUAUUGUGUUUUCUGGCAGGAGAAUAAGCCAAGCAGUACUUUAGUGUUAUAUAACAUGCUCAGAAUAGAAGUCCACCAAUCAGCCAAAGAAUCGAGAAAAUGACAUGAGACCAAUAUCUCCAAAAACAUACUUGCCUGAAACACUUCACCUUCAUAUCACAGUGGAAACAGAGAGUUGCAGGACCACUUGAGAAAUGGUCUCACUGCUGUCUUUCUUAUGCAGUUCCAUUAUUUCAAAAUGUGUUGGCUGAGUUUCUUGGGCACUAUAUAGGUCUUUGGUGACUGAUGAGCACUGCCCCCUUCUUUUCACCCAGGAAAACGGGCAUGCCCAGGGGAAGCCCUGGCUCGGAUGGAGCUGUUCCUGUUCUUCGGUGCUCUGCUCCAGAAAUUCACCUUCCAGCUGGUGGGAGAUGCCAAAGACAAGGAUAUAUUUACUUUGUAUGAGGACAGCGGCCUGAUGAAAGGAGACUUGCCACUGAAAUUCAUUAGACGUUCAAUAUGAUCCAGUGACAGCAACGAAGCAAAAUGGGUGGUGCCAAUGCGUCUCAGUAUAUUUGAAGUAGGAAGAAUAUGAUUAUUGGGAGAUCUGAAUCACACAGUACUUAGAAAAACUAUAUAUUCCAAACUAUAGCUCACAUCAUGUUGGCUGGGGCUGCUGGGAGUUGUAGUGCAACACUUGGAAAACACAACUGAGCCACUUCUACAUUAGAAGCAUCAAUCCAGUGACAGAUACAGUAAAAAGGGCAAAGAUCAAUAAAGCUUGGGAGCAGAUGGAAUCUCAGUGUUAUGAUCUUUAGGAGUAUGUUAGCACAACAACUUUCUAAAGUGAAGAAUGAGAUAUUACAAAUGGGUAAAUUGAAUUCUGUAACAAGUCUAUAACAGUAGCAUUUAAAAAAAAAAUCUAAAAAGGAUCAUAAUUAAAAAUCAUAUAGAUCAAGAUGGAUUUUGCAUAAUGAAGGAUAAUAUUAGGAAAAUAAUAAAUCUAGCUGUGCAUCUGCUGCAGCUCAACUGGUCACCUUUAUAUACAGCAUCUGUUCCUUAUUGGUCUCAACAGCCACAGCAGGUGCUGUAACCCUCCAGUGGUUUGACUUCACCCACAAAGUUGCACUCCUCCAUUGUCUCCUGAGACAGACGAAUGCUAACAACUUCAUUUAUGCAUGAAAAACAAAUCUUGAACGAGUAGUUAGGUUUCCAGAUGCAGAAAAAGCAUUUGAUAAUAUCACAUGUCAGUUUCUUGUUGAAGGUGUUUAUAAAGCUUCACAACAAAUUGCUGCAAACACCUGUAUCUCCCCCUCCCCCUUUAAUUUGUUGGUAAAAUGGGAUGAAAUUACAGGCAUAGUAGACCCUUUGAGGGGCAUGAAACUUGCCACAUAUUAGAUAAACGGGUGCAAGAAAUCUUGGACUAUGAUUUUUUAAUGGUUUAAUGCCCUUCUUUGUUGAUACCUGUGCGCACCACCACACUUGGCAUCUGAGACAAUUUGCAAAAAGAGCGUCCCCUCAUAAAGAAGAAGCUUCCUUUGCUCUUCCAGGGAGGUAACAGAUUUUCACUUUCGUACACAGUUUUUAUCUCUCCAUUUCCCCAUGAAUGGUAGCCACACUCCUUCAAGCCAGCACUCUAUCAACUUUGGAAUUCCCUAACAUUCCUCAGAUGUUUUUGUUGCAUCUUCUGCUCAUCACUUGCCAAGUUGCAUAUAAGAACCCUCCUAUUUCUGCCUUUUUCUGGAUUUCAGUGCUAGGUCCACUUUGAAUACUGUUUGUAUAGUCAGUAUUAUAAUGUUACACCCAAUCUCUGAGCACCAGGAGUUUUCAGGGGAGCCAGCUAUUUAAUGAGCACUCACUCUGAUUUGUUUGCAUCACAUACUUUUUUUUUAGCACCAUGAAACUGGCUCUUCCAGUUCCUCACACUCUAGCUCAAAAUUUGUUUAACUGAUAUACGUGUCUCUGAAAAUCCACGUGUAUGUUGCCUUGGACACAUGAGCUUUAAGCAUUCUUGGAAGAGGGAAGUCUUUUAUGUGGAGCAACCAUGUCCCACCCUGGACAAGUAUGUACAAGGAAUUCAAAAUGUACCAGAAACAAAGCCAACUACCGCCAGUUCCUACUCCAUUGCCCUUUGUGGGGAUCUUCCUGCAAAUAGAUUUCAGGCAUCUGUCCAAAUCAUAUCUGUCAGGGAACUGACAUCGGAGCUAGAGGCGGAGGGAAGGCUCUCAAAUGAUGCUGGAGAAGGACCCAGCAGGGAGAGAGGCAGCUCCGCAGAUGGGGAAGCAAAUCAGUGCUACACCAGGGAUAAGGAGGGGCUGAUGGGGGAAUCGGCGAGAGGGCUCCAGGACUCUUCACCAGACACCAGCGGGGAGAGCACUAGUCCCCCGCUACCCACGCCCACCCUGCGCAGAAGACUUCCGCACAGAGAGAGUAGGAGGAGACUGGGUGUCAAACAACUUUUAUGUUGGAAAAGAUUUAAGAAACGCCCACUGACGGAUUCUGCUAGCGACUGAGGCAGCCACGAAGUGAAGGGCUGCCCAGACUGAAAGGUUUACCAAGGCAACAAAGCCUGGAGAGGCGGCAACUUACGCACGAGCAACCCAUACUCAUUAUAAUAUCAAAAGGUAAGACACACACAUACACAAUUUCCUGGUACUCUCUCACUAUUCCCUAUUGUUUAUUUUGGAUCAUACAAUUGUUUGUUGGUAUGGAGUGUUGCUGGGUUUCCUCUUCUUGUUAAAUUAAAAUAAAACAUUGGCAAUAUAAUGUUUUGUAGGGUUUCAAUGAAAGUGAUAUUCGGGGAGUCCUCAUCAGAUUUCAUGUAAAUUGUUUGUUAUAGGUUUGCUUUAUUUUUUAAAUGAGUUCUUUUUAAAAAAAGAAUGUUGGGCUCAGUAAACAUAUUUAUAUAC